AGAUAUAUUAAUAUUAAUAACAUAUGGCGAAUCAAUCAAAAGUUGUUUCCUAGUGUCACACUGUGCUCUGUGUGUGCAAGUGAAACAACCUGUAUAUAGAUGCACAUGGAAAUCAAAGAUGUCAACUGAUUAUAAUUAAGAUUAUAAUUAAGGAAGCUAUUAUUUUUUUGUAAUCGAGGCAUUCGUGUUCCUAAUUGUUAAAUAGAUCUGAUACUAAAAGAAAUCGAUAUAUCAAAUAAUUUAUGUACAUUCACAAAAUGUUGACUCUAAAUAGCUUUUAACCUUGCUUUAAGGUUAUGUAGCAAAAAAUUUUAUUACACACUUAUUCUGUAUUAUUUAAUCGACAAAUAAAAUAUAUAUUUGGUUAAAUUACUAUGUUAUCCAGAGUGACAAUUAACAUUAUUAAAAGAUCGGUGUGCAGCAAUGUACGCACUUUUUACGGCACACGAGGUUUUUUAAAAUUAGAUCCUGGGAUGUGUAAUGAUGGUAUAAAGCUACAUAAUGUGCACAAUCUCUAUAAUCCGUACAUAGUAAAAAGAUUCAAAUCUAAAAAGAAAACCAAGAAUAAAGAGGCUAAAGAUGAGAAGUAUGAUGAAGAAAAUGAAGAAAAGAAUGAAGAAGAAAUCCCUCUAGGUUCAAAAUUGCUCAAGAUAAAGGUUACAUCUAUUCGAUUAGAUAGUCUUUCCAAAGCUGCAUUUGGAAUGAGUCGCAGUAAAAUAGAAGAGGCCUUCUAUGCCAGCAAAUUUCGCAUAAAUGGAAACAAAGUACUGAAAAAUCCAAAGAAGUAAAUAUAUUAUUUUGGUAAUGAAAUUACACACACACACACACACACACACACAC